GUUUUAUUUGAUAUUAUUCAAUAUAUUAAACUUGAAUAUUCUAUUUUAAAUUUUUGAACUAGUUGCAUGAAUUCUCAUAGCCCUAACAAGUGUAGUGGAUAUGCCGUUCAGAAGUCUUUUUCCCGAUAUUCAAUUACCAGACAAAUCAUUUUCGGACGUUAUGUUUGACGCUAUGAAGCAGCAUGGAGAGAAGAUUGCAUUAGUUGAUAAUUCAAUCGGUGGGAAGUCACUGACAUUCAAGCAAGUCUAUGACCAAUCAAGAAAUUGUGCUGGGUAUUUAUACAAAACGGGACUUGGAAAGGGAGACGUGGUCGGUCUUUGUUCUUCUACGUGCCUUGAAUUCCCAGUGGCAAUGUUAGGGAUAAUUGCUGCUGGUGGAGUUGUUGCACCUUGCAUUCCAGCAUAUAGAGUUGGGGAAAUAUUGCAACAAUUUCAAAUUUUAAAACCCAAGAUGGUUAUAGUACACGAGGAAUGCAUAGAUACGAUGAAGAAAGUUCAGCAACAAACAGAGUCUUUGAAGAAAAUAUUUGUCAUUGGUAAAAGCGAUGAAUUCACUACCUUAAUGGAGAUGAUUGAUGACAAAAACAAUAAAGAUUUCCCUGAUAACAUUGCCAUCAAUGGUGUCGAAGACCUAGCAUUAUUGCCAUAUUCUAGUGGAACAACUGGACUGCCAAAAAGUGUUAUGACAACACACAGAAACCUAAUAUUCGUGGCAAUGAUAUUUGGUACGUGCAUCAUGCCUGAAACGACUGACUGUAUGUACACGGAUCGUCCGAUGUAUCACGCGGGUGGAUUCAGCUGUUUUAUAUUAACUUUGUUUGGCGGAAACAAGCUUAUCUUAGAGAAAGAGUUCGCAGUUGAAACUAUGUUAAAAUCAAUAGAAAAAUAUAAGAUAACCCAUAUUCUGACUGUUCCGCCUGACUUGAUUUUCCUAGCUAACGAUAAAAGAGUUGAAAAUUAUGAUUGUUCUUCUGUUAAAGAAGUAGCGUGCAGUGGAACACCUCUUGCCCCAGAUAUAUUGCGAAAAAUAGAGAAAGGAUUUGGGGCUUUCAUUAGACCAGCUUAUGCCAUGACAGAAUGUCUCGUAAUCGCAAUUCAUCGUGGCAAAGAGAGUUUAUUUGAAGGCGUUGGAAAAGUUUGCCGCAACACAGAAGUCAAGAUAAUAGAUUUGCAGUCUGGCAAAGAACUUCAGAAAUAUCAGACUGGGGAAAUUAUAGUCAAGGGACCUGCGGUCAUGAAAGGAUACAUGGGAAACCCGGUUGCUACAGCACAGACUAUUACAAAAGACGGAUGGAUUCACACGGGUGAUAUCGGAUAUUUCGAUAACGAUGAAAUAUUGUAUAUAAUUGAUCGCCUAAAGGAAAUCAUCAAAUACGAAGGCGUUCAAGUGUCACCAGCGGAAUUGGAAAGUGUUAUAUUAAAACACCCGAAGGUAGCUGAUGUUGGAGUUAUUGGAAUUCCUGAUUCUCAUGCGGGUGAACUUCCAAAAGCAUUUGUCGUGAAGAAGGUGGAUGAUUUAACCGCAGACGAAGUAGACGCUUUCGUAAAAGAUGAACUUGUUGAUCACAAACAACUGAGAGGUGGAAUUGAAUUUGUUGAGAAGAUCCCAAAAUCAUCAACGGGGAAGAUUCAACGCAAUGAACUAAAAAAAAUGGCCGGUUUUAAGAAAAACGACCCAAUUCUUAAAUAUCCUAGAAUUACUGCUGCACUGAAAAAUCUAACGUUCAGUUAAUUAAACUUUGAAACCACCUAAUCAAUAUCUUCAAAUCUAAACAAAUGUUUGCGAACUCGAGACUUUAAGAGCAUGUGGCUUUAUAAUAAAAAUAUCUCAGGAAUAGACAUUACAAAUGUUCAGCCGUUUCUCCAUCUUUUAAUUUAAUGAGCAUCCUUUUUAAGCUCGUUUCAUUUUUGAAGUAGCACGAAAGAAAGAAGCAAAAAGGUCUUAGCAAAUGUUAGUUUUCAGUUCAAACGAUCGUGGAUCACUUCCCGAAUGAUGCGAAUCGUCGUCUCACAACAAAUUCGACGUACCUAAAUCACCUUACUCGCGAAACACCAUUAUAUAUAAUAACUGCUUGCAAUGGGAAAUGAAUACAUUAAAAUUCACAGCAUUAAAAACUUCAGACCACCGUAUUGAAAAAUGUAGAGUUAAGAAUUAGCAAUUUUGACUAAUAUAAUUUCAGCAACAAUAAAAUUACAAUUUUUUACUGCUAUGCGUUAAAAUUUUAAAAUAGCUUCGAGCAAACAAGCAAACUGGUUUCGGGGAAUUUUUAUUUCACUGUUUCUCGAACAAUGUCAAGACAUCAUCGACAGAAUGCAGUAAUCAGAAAAUUAUAGUUUAUGGGGGAAAGUAAUACUCAUAAAUCCACUUUACUAAGCUUAACUAUAUAACAUAAUUUCUGCGUCUUAUAAUUCCUUAAGUUAGACAUAAAAAAAUAAACAAGCUGCAUGACUACAUCUUCUCUUAGGCGACAUUGUUUAAACAAUUUAAAUUUAUUUUGCUAUAUUUGCGGUGAAUAUACAUUGCAAUCCAACAGAAAAGGGAUCGGUAAAUUUGUGAAGUGUGCUUAUCUUGCCUACUUCAAUAUAAUGCUGGGUGAUCAAGAUAAGGUAUGGGCACCCCAUAUUGUAUGCAAGCAAUGUGUUGAGCAUCUUCCACAGUGGACAAAAAAGGAUAGAAAGUCACUCCACUUUGGUAUUCCAAUGGUCUCGAAAAUUUAUUUUGAUGACUGCUACUUCUGUGCAGUAAACACAAAGGGAAUCAAUAGGAAGAACGGGAGAUCGUUAGUUUAUCCAAACUUUGAGUCUGCAAUUAUCCAAACUCCGAGUCUGCAAUUAGGCCAAUUCCACAAUGAAAUGAAAUUCCUUUUCCAGUGUUUGAAAGCUUGCCCGAAUCGGAAUUGCUUGGCUCUGAAGAAGACCAAACCUCCGUUUCGUCCACUGAUAGUAGUGAAUGCGCUGUUUCAGAUGUCGGUUUUUCUUCUUCUUCUUCACUGCCAUAGUCUUUUUCUCAUGGAUAACUUAAUGAACUGACUAGAGAUUUCAACUUUUUCAAAGAAUCUCCUGAAUUUCUAGCUCCAAGACUCUCAUAACCUUCUAUGGAAAACGCCUUAUUGAAUUCUUGUCGUAUUUCACUCAGGAAAAUGACAUAGUAUAUCGCAACGACGUUGUCGGCUUGCUGCGGCAGCUUGGUGUCCAACACUGAAGCCAACACUGAAAAUUAUGUUUCCUCCACAUAAAGCUUGGCAGUUGGUGAAUGCUUUUGAUAAAGAUGGCGACUGUUUUAAAUAUAUUUGCGGGAAAUUUCCAGGUCUGAUGUGAAUGAUGGGGCAAAGGGAGCCCUUCCAUCAAGAUAUAAGCGGCAUGGAAGUUUGCUAUCAAGGUCGUUGUGAUGCCACCAUGCUUGCAGACAACUGCUGGUCUAUCAAGCACGAUGAUGCCGGGGCCUCCCAUUUCAGAAAACUAGUAAAACAUCAAUUUAUA